CCCCGCCGCGCCGCGAGGAUCACCGCGUCGCUCCAGUCCGCGUCUGGCAGCGCAGCAGCAGAUGCCCCGUCCAGCCUUUAAGUCCGCUAAAUCCCUGUAGGCCAAUUAACCGCCAUGAAGACCCAAAUCCCCGCCUACUUGGCCACUUUUUGACCGACGAUGGAGACGAACGCCGCUUCACCGCUCUAUAACAACACCGUGAAGCGACAGCCCGCCAUCAGCAGACGACCACUAGUUGGGAAAGAAAGUCAGACGCCUUCCUCCAGAGAUAUGCAUCUAUCGUUUUUCGCGAUUCUAGUUUGAAGUGAGGUCCUUACGGUCGUCUUGAGCUCUGAAGAGAAGGUCUGCACCCGUCGUUGAUCUACUCGGAGUUCCGUGGAGUGUUUCUGCAGGUCGGGGUUGUGCACCAUGGAAACGCACACUGAUGUGCUGCUGAUCACCGCCAAUGUGGGCUCACUGUUUGAUAAUGUGGGCGAGAUUCAGAGUGGAUGGCUGCAGGAGUUCUACGCGACCAUCCAGAGACACAAGCCCCAGUUUAUUGCCCUGCACUUCCAAGAGGUGGGGGGGAAGGACUACAUGCUCAACAUGGGCCAUGCUGAGAACUUCUUUAGGAGUAUCGAGUCCAGCGGGGAGAUGAAGACGUACGACAGGACCUGCAUCUAUGUGGACAACCAGUUCAAAGCGGAGGACAGAUUUACGGUGAGAACCAGAGAGACUGCGCUUGAGUUGGAUGACUUUGGAAAAUACUUUUGUGACAUUUGAAUGACAUUUCUUCAUUGUCUCUCAUCUUGUAUUACCCUAAUCAUGUUUCCCUGUCCGCUCGCUUGGGUCAGCCGGUUCUUCCACUUGAGGAAAUACCAAACAAAAGAAAGAUUUUCCAACAUGUUACAGUGUGGUUUUUAUUGUUUAAUACUUUUUUUUCUUACUUAGAAAUGAUUGAAUGUGAUGAAACUAUCCUUAAAUUAUCAAAAUCCUUCUUUUUUUUAUCACAUGGCUAUUUUUUGGAUUAAAUGUUAAUAUAUUUACCUUUCUAUAUUUUACUUAUGAGUAUUGCUUUUUCUUGAGUGAAGAAAGCUGUUUUCCAACGCGCACAAUCCUCAUUCG